CAGGUAUUGAUUUCUUGUCGUUUACGUUUAUCUAUUGUAUUUGCACUUCUGUUUAUGCAUAUUAUCAUAUUAGCUAGUGACCAUCAUCCCUUUCUGCUCCUGUAUUUUAAUCGCUGUUCUUAUCAUUUUUCACAGUUCAACCAGCCGACUUAUUGUCCAGUGAUAGGAUGACCUUUACUGCCAGACCCCACUCCCAGGAUAUACACGCACCCACAUUUAGAGAUGCACCAACCAACAAACAGUCACUGAAAUGAACAAAUCUAUUGUAGGUAAAUGAAAAGCUUGUGUGGCUAAAAAUCAUGACUUUAUCAAAUUUCGAAUUAUGUCAAGGAGGAUUUUUGAUGCUCAGGUUCAAAUUUCAUGUAAUCUUUAAUUUGCCUCUGGUCUUAAUCAAGUCAUUUGUGUGACACAUAUGAAAGAAGACAAGUUGUUUUGCAUUUGUGGAUUAAUAGUCGGAAUUGUUUUACUGUUUUACAUAUUUUCCCCGUAUAGUCCGACAUGCCUACUUAAGAGUUGCAUUCAUGAACAGUAUAACCGUACAGGUUUUCCGUAUGCUGUUCAAACGAUAAAAAGAAACAACUGUUUGGUGAGAUAUACGAAGGAUAAUGGAAAUGAAUUAUCUGUGCUGGUCUUCGUUCAUAUUCAGAAAACUGCCGGUACACUUCUAGAACAUCGUUUAGUUAAAGAUGGUCUAGUGGGCGGAACAUGUAACUGUUUCGCCAAGAAGCGCUGUAGUUGUAAAACGCAAAGUGGUGAUACUUGGAUUGUCAGCAGAUAUUCUACAGGCUGGUUGUGUGGUCUUCAUGCCGAUUUAACUGAACUAACGGAAUGUAUUGAUGGUAAACUAAACACAAUCGAUCAUCGUACUAUACAAAGAAAAUACAUAUAUUUUACUUUAUUACGCGAUCCUGUCGACCGUUUUAUUAGUGAAUGGCAACAUAUACGUCGUGGUGCUACAUGGCAUUCAUCUACUCUUCGAUGUAAUAAACAAUCUCCACCAUUUGAACACUAUAAACCUUGUUAUUUCAAUGAAGAAAAAAUGUCCGAAAACAUGUGGUCUAUUUUAUCUAUUAGAUCUAUCAUAAAUUGUCCUUACAAUUUAGCAAGUAAUCGUCAAACAAGAAUGUUAGCAAAUCUUUCUAAUUUAGGAUGUUAUAAAUAUUUAACAAAAUGGUCUCAACCAAUCAAUACCACAGUAUUAACUUCUUAUAUUCCAUCCAUUUCAUUGGCACUUUUAAAUAGUGCUAAAUAUAAUCUUGUCAAUGUUAUCCAUUGUUAUGGUCUAAGUGAAUAUUUAAUUUAUUCACAAUAUAUUUUACAAAAAUGUUUACAUAUUACUUUUAGGCGUUCAUUUAUUGAAUUCAAUAAAUUCUCUGCCGCUGCUGCUGUUGCAACAAGACAAAGAUUAUUACUUACACAUGCGACAAUAAUUCGUUCGAAUUUAAAUCAUACUACAUUACAAGAAAUACAAGAUGCGAAUAGGCUAGAUAUAUUUCUAUAUGAUUUUGCUAAACAAUUAUUUAUGUAUCGAUUAAUAAAUAAUUUAUUAUUUGAUUCAAAUAUACCAAUGCAAUUUAGACGACCGUUGCAUACUAUUUGGUAUCAUAAAAAAAUUCGAUCUGCAUCAUAUAUAAUACCAUUAAGUUAUUUGUUAUUUUCAAAUUUUCACAUUAACUACGAAGAUUCCAAUAUUACUAGUAAUGUUAUCUUCUCAUUUUCAUAUCGUCUCAAUUUAUUUCUUAAUAAUUUAUUUAUUCGUAAAGGUAGCAUUCCAGCAUCUGAGUCUAUUUUAGCUAGUGAAGAUAAAAAAUGGAUUGAACGGCUUAUGGUUUUAAAAUCUAAUUUGUAAAUUAUUUAUAUAUAUAUAUAUAUUUUUUAUUCACCAACCUUACUCUUCACUUCCGCUCAGACUAUCUGCAUUUCUGUUUUUCUAUACCAAUGUUCAGUUGUUGUAAAACACUGUUUUAUUAUUUGAAGUGUAUCUUCAUAAAUUGUUCUAGUGUGACGAAUUAAAGAGAGUGAGUGACGAAACGAA